AUGAGCCUAUUUCCACAAUUGCUGUUGGAGCAGGUGGCAGCAGUCCUGGAGGUUGGCACUGAAGACCUGGAGCUUGGAUCCGGGUUUAUCAAGAAUGGAGGAAAUUCUCUCAAUGCUGUUGAACUGGUAACACGUUGCCGGCAGCAUGGGGUAUCGUUAUCCGUGGCCCAGGUUCUUUCGUGCAAUAACUUGAACGACCUAUUUGAACAAUUCAAACCGUGUUCUAAACCUGAUUACCGUCAAGUGAGAACUCCGUGCUUCUCUGACGAUAGCGAAGAUGAUUCACCAGCAUCACUGUCUUCCAUCGAGUCUUCCCCACGAGCUACAACCCCGGUUCCGGCGGUAGAGAUGUUAGCGGAGAAGGAAAAGGACAACACUAUCAACACUGCUCUAACAAUGCAAGAGCCGACCCUCGAUGAACAUGCCACGGAAGGACUCAGUGAAAUGCAAGCCUCUCUCCUUCACGGCUCACUGAAGAACCCUGGGACCAAUAUAAUUUAUCACUAUGAAACGUUUCUUGCAAGCAUGAUCCCACAGAUGAAGGAAGCAUGGAAGUCGGUGAUAGAAGCGGAGCCAAUUUUCCAGAUACCAGCCAUGGGCGGUGAAUCGGAUAUUCCGGGUCAGGGCCAGUUUUCCUGGAUGGAGGUCACAGUCGAUUCAGAAUUGGAGUAUCAGAAGCAUUUGCAAACCAUGGGCCUUCCCUCAUCGUUCUCAUCUUCAUUUAAAGUGGUUCACUUUCCAGGAAGAGACUCCGCAUCCAGCAAGAGCACGAUAAUUUGGGCGGUUCACCAUGCACUCAUUGAUGGUUACUCAGCUAUGCUUUUAUUCUGCAAAGUCCGCCGCAUUGUUGCAGGAUUAUCUGCCCGCCCAAGCCCUGGUCCAUCAUUCAAACAGGUUGAUAGACAAACUGGAUUAUGGCGUCAACAGCACAAGGAGGAAGGAGAUGCAUACUGGAGAAGACAGGCUCCUCAGCUUGAACAAUCACAAGGAGACUUGCUGCUUCCAGCGCCUCCAAGUAAAGGAGAUACUUCCUGUUCUGUCAUAGAAAGCGAAGAGAUUCAUGUCAUAAGCAAUAUUCCGGGAACACAACUGCAGGGGCUCGUCAGAAACCUGGGAAUCACACCAGCCGCAUUCUACUAUGCAGCAUGGGCGGUAGUCCUAAGCUGUUAUACUGACUCAGACAGCGUCGUUUUUGGAGCGGUACUGGCGGGAAGAAACCUCCCGCUAGAAGGGGUUGAUGAAGUAAUAGGUCCGUUGGUCAACACGUUACCACUCUGUGUCAAGGUUGACCGAGAUUUAUCUGUCGAACAGUUCCUGAAGGCCGUCUUUACCCAGAUAAUGGAGUUGGCCGAGUACCAAUGGACCACACCUGACAAUGGCUAUACCCGAAACUUCGCAACUGCAAUGGCCUUACAAGUACCGGAACCGGAAUGUCCAGGGGGAAUACUACCAAUAGAAGCUCCAUACACACGCCAGACGACAGAUGUGCCGCUUAGUAUCAACGUGCAGCCAAAUGGUGGAGCAAGAUUUGUUUAUCACACCUCAAAAUAUAGCCGGCGGGAUAUAGGGGGCGUUGGACGUCACUACCAACGCGCAAUGCAGCUCCUUUUAAUACCUCAUCGGUCUAUAAAAGAGUGUCUGCAAGGACUUCUGGGAUGCGCUGAUCUCGAGACACUGAUGAACUUUGGGAACUGCCACUCCACCCUCACAACCACUAUGGCAGUCCAAGACGACCUGGUAACAUUAUUCGAGUCAGCCGCUUCCAAGGACCCUGAUGCAAUCGCCAUCCAGAAGGGCAGCCUCGAGAUGACAUAUGGGCAGUUUGAUGCACAGUCCAGCCGGGUAGCAAGCAUAUUGAGAGAAUAUUUAUCUCCAGGUGAUGUGGUUUGUGCCCAUGCAGACCGCUCCUCUAACUGGAUAGUUGGGAUGAUGGGAAUCCUGAAGGCAGGGGGUGUCUAUUGCGCAGUGGAUGGCGGACUUCCCCAGGAAGCUCGAGAUAUCAUAUUUUCAGCUUCCGGAGCAAACAUAUUCCUUAUUCCCUCAGAGACCAACAAGGGAGUUUGUCCGGCAGCCUGCAAAACUCUGCUUGUUACCGAUGAAUUGGUAACCAGGGACGAGGUUCCUCUACCUCAUCGUCGUUCACCUCAUCCAGAAGCCAAUGCCUAUCUAUGCUUCACCUCUGGCUCUACUGGAAAGCCUAAGGGAGUGAUGUGCAGCCAUGAGGGCCUUGUGGCAUUCCAACGGGAUCUAGAAGUGCGGCUAUUCGCACAGCCAGGGCACCGCGUCGCUCAGAUAAUGUCGGUAGCUUUUGACGGCAGUAUCCACGAAAUAUUCUCCACAAUUUGUUACGGCGCUACCCUCGUUUUGCAAAGCGGAGGGGAUCCUUUUGCACAUCUCAGCGAUGUCGAUUCUGCCAUCUUGACCCCUUCAAUGGCGCGUGUCUUAAACCCUGCGCACUAUGAUCGAUUGAGUUCCUUUUCUAAUGAAGGUAUUUAUCUAGGUUUAUCUCGUGGGGGAGCCGGUUCCACAGGCUUACCCCCUGGCGUGAUUGGCGAGAUAUACAUCGCUGGUGUGCAGGUUGCUCGUCAUUAUAUUGGAAUGCCUAAGGAGACUGAGGAACGGUUCAUUGCUGAUCCCAUACGCCGCAUUGGAGAACGAAUGUACAAAACAGGAGACCGAGGAUACUGGUCUAGCAAUGGCGACGUUGUUUGCUUAGGCAGAAAUGACCGUCAGAUUAAACUCCGAGGAUUCCGCCUUGACUUGGACGACCUGGAAACUCGGAUGGUUCGUGCCUCAUCGGAAGUGACAGCUGUGGCUGUGGCUAGGCAGGGCAACCACCUUGUUGCAGCUAUUCUUCCAUCCACAGCUGAUGUGAGUGCUUUUGCAGCGAGAAUAUCACAGGUUCUUCCUCCUUAUGCAAACCCUCGCUAA